AACUCAAAUUUCAGCAUGGACUAUGAGAGGUAGAGGGGGCCAAAGGGAGCAAAAUUUGACAAGGUGGGGAGAUCGGGAAGAUCGUGACUUAGGUAGCAUCAAGAUGAAGAUUCGUCCAUUUCAAGGCAAGAAUGAUCCAGAUGUGUAUUUGGAGUGGGAAAAGAAGGUGGAAUUGGUGUUUGAUUGCCAUAGCUAUUCUGAGGAGAAAAAGGUGAAACUAGCAGCGGUGGAAUUUACUGAUUAUGCUGUGUUGUGGUGGGAUCAGCUUGUGCUUAGUCGACAUAGAAAUCGAGAGCAUCCUGUUGACACUUGGGAAGAGAUGAAAGUUGUGAUGAGAAAACGAUUUGUUCCUAGUCAUUACUACCAUGAUCUCUAUCAACGAUUGCAGGGCCUUACUCAAGGGUCCAAAAGCGUUGAGGAUUAUCACAAAGAGAUGGAAAUCGCAAUGGUUAAAGCGAAUGUGGAAGAGGACAAAGAAGCAACUAUGGCACGGUUUCUGCAUGGCUUAAAUUGUGAUAUAGCUAAUGUGGUGGAGCUGCAGCAUUAUGUGGAAUUGGAAGAUAUGGUGCAUAUGGCAAUGAAAGUAGAACGGCAACUCAAGCGUAAAGGAGCCACCACCAGAACUGGGCAAAAUUCAGGUUCUUCAUCUUCCUGGAAACUGGAUUGGAGCAAAAAGGAAGAAAAUUCUGUUUUUAAGCCUAAAACUGCAGCAUCUAAGUCAAAAGAAGUUGGCAGCAAUGAGAAGAGUAAAACAGAUAAUACGCAAGGCAGAAACCGAGACAUCAAGUGUUUUCGAUGCUUGGGAAGGGGGCAUGUUUCAUCGCAAUGUCCUAAUAAGCACACGAUGAUCUUGAGAGCAGAUGGAGAAAUUGAAACUGAGGGUGAAUCUGAUGAUGAAUCUAUGCCACCAUUAGAAAAUGCUAAUGAUGGUGUGGAAUAUGCUGUUGAUGGAGAACUACUCAUCACCAGGCGAGCUUUGAAUGUGCAAGCCAAAGAAGAUGAUGAAGACUUCAAGGAUGUGUUUCCAGAUGACGUUCCUAAUGGUUUACCACCAAUGAGAGGAAUCGAGCAUCAAAUUGACUUCAUUCCUGGUGCAACAAUUCCAAACCGACCAGCAUAUCGAAGCAAUCCCAAUGAGAUGAAAGAACUUCAAAGACAGGUCAAAGAACUCAUGAAAAAGGGACAUGUGAGAGGAAGCAUGAGUCCAUGUGCAGUUCCAGUGCUACUUAUGCCUAAGAAGGAUGGGACUUGGUGUACGUGCAUUGAUUGUCGCGCGGUCAACAAAAUCACUACUGGUGCAGCACUUAACUAUCCUACUUAUGACAAGGAGAUGUAUGCAUUGGUAAGAGCUUUAGAGACAUGGCAGCAUUAUCUUUGGCCUAAGGAGUUCGUGAUACAUACUGAUCAUGAGUCGUUGAAGCACCUGAAGGGACAAGGUAAGUUGAAUAGACGACAUGCUAAGUGGUUGGAAUUCCUUGAGACGUUUCCCUAUGUGAUCAAGUAUAAGCAAGGAAAGGAAAACAUUGUGGCUGAUGCAUUAUCUCGUAGGUUCAAGAGAAGCUUAGUUGAGGUCAUUUGCAUGGAAUUACACAGUUUGCGUCAAAAUUGCACAAUUCUGCCGCAAUUUGUAGCAAACUGAUAUUUCGUGUUAUUUUAGGUUAUUUUUAGUGAUUUUCACGUUUUCUUUUGUAUUAUUUUUGGGCUGAACAUUUGCUUAUUUGAAGCCCAAUUCGUGGUUAUUAGGUUUAGGACUUAGGGUGUUAAUUUCCUAUUCUGAUUAGGAUUUGUUUUCUCUAUUUAAAAGGCUUGUAACCCUAAUGGGGAGGAGGCUAUUGAAUCU